UAAAACCGCUAAAUCCAUACCAUUUAUGAGUGUUAAUAAACUCGCUCCAAAAUUAAUUCCUCAAUUUACUACUACAAAGAACAUAAAAUGAAAAAGGUUCAAUUGUUCUUUCACACCAGCUCAGCUAACUAAAGAAAUCAACUUUAAACGAAACCUAUUCUGAAAAUACGAAACGCACACAAAAAGAUUUAAAACUCUCUAGAGACAAAAACAUUACUACGUUUUCCUCAACAACCAAAAAAAAAACAUUACUACGUAUUCACAUGUAAUGGCGAGUGGUUGGGUGAAGUCAUUGCAAUGCAAAUCAAGAGCAUUUGAUGACGUUCAUCAUUCAAGUGCAAGUUGCAGAAAAACCCUCCAAAACAUCAAAGACAUUGUUGACAUUCCAAAGCCCAGGCCCAAGCCCACUAAACCCAAACCAUCCUUCGAAAAACAUUCAAAUUCAAAAUCCAAAUACGUAACCGCCACCAACUCCGAAUUCGAAGCACCUCUCAACACCGCCGCCACUUCUUCCCGUGCAAUUACCGAACUUCCCGAGGGACACCCUUCACGCAAAAUUGUCGAUAUAAUCUUCCACACAAGUUGGAACAACAACCAAUUUCCGGGUCGGAUCGAAAUGAUAUUCAAGGUGCAAAACGGAGCCCGAACAAUGUCACGAUUUGAAGAGUUUCGCGAGGCGGUGAAGGCACGCGCCGCUUCUUCCGCGGGAUUAUCCGAGGGUAAGAAUUGGGAGGAGAAUGCACGGUGCGUCGCCGAUGGAAAUGAAGUGAUGCAGUUUUACAAUUUGGGUCCUGUCGAGGAUGGUGGUCCCCACUGUUCGUUGUCGUUUCCGGAGCGUAAGGGGUCGGCGAUCUGUACGUUUUUCGGGAGCGGUGGCGCGCAUCAGAAUGCCGGCGGAGGUAAGGGUAGACGGGCGAUGUUGGUGUGUCGGGUUGUAGCGGGUCGGGUUUUGAAGCAACUCGGGGUUUUGAACUCGUUGUUGGAUAAGCGAGUUGGAUUCGAUGCAGUGAGUGGGGACAAUGGCGAGUUACUGGUUUUUGACCCGCGUGCGGUAUUACCCUGUUUUCUUAUUAUUUACAGGUUUUGAAAAUAAAUAAUAUUAUUUUGCCUUUCUCUUAGCUUUGAAAAACUUAUGAUUUUUUUUUAAAAGAAAAACUUAUAUGAUAUAUAUUUCCAUUGUUUGAGAUCCUGAAAUGCACUUAUCGACUUGCAUUUAUGGACACAAUUUUUUUCUGAUUCGGCUAUUUUUAUACUAUAUGUUUUGUGUAAUGUAAUUACGGAGAAAUUAAGUUGAUAAAUGGUUGUUUGUAA